UGUCCUCCUGUCAGAAACACAAGCUCCGUCUGACACAUGGUUGACAGUGGGAGACGGAAGUGGCCGAGAGAGACGGUACAGGACUGACAGAGAUCCAGACAACCACUCAGAGAGAGAAGGAGGCAGUCGGCCAUCUGUGGUUGGUCCCCUGCUAUUCUGCAGCUGUGCCGGAUUUCAGCUCCUUCUACAGUUAAAAAAAGACACAGUGAGAUAAAGGGGUUCAUUCUACAGCUGAUGAGCCCAGACUGGGGCAAUGAUAAGGUCUCAAUGGCCUCCAAUUAAGCCCCUGAGGCUGCUUCUGUUGAGGGAUGGGUGAUACCCCAGCUGGAUGUUCCGCUGUCAGCAUCCUCCACAGCUAUCAUUAGUGGCUAACGAGCUCCUGCUACAGAGGAAAGGAAGAAGGUGCCUGUGGAGAGAGGAGGAACCUUACAGCUGUUGUUAAGAGGCCCGGAGAUCAGACAAGGAAUUAUUUACCUCUGCAAGAGACAGAAACCCUUUAAAGAUUUUUCUGGUGCAAGAAAGGAUUUUGACUUUGAAAGAUAUAGCUACAGACAUUUAUUUUCCCGUUCCAGCUUCUUGUGUUUUUGCUACACCAUUGUGUAUACUGUACGUUGUGUAGUUAAUCGUCACUAUGCAGAACAUCAUUACUUCUCACGUGAAGGAGUUUCAGAAAAACACUAUAAUCCACUAGGUUUUUUGUUAAAGUUAUAUUAUUGUUUUACACUUUGACAUUAUUUUGACCUUCCUAUGCCCUGAAGCACUUGGACACCAUGGCAGCAGCCUAUCGCGUAGUGGUGAGCAGCGUGAGCUGCUACAACAGUGUGGUAGUGGACCGGCGCACUCACUCCCAUGCUGUGCACUACUGCUCAGGGCCAUGUGGAGCGCUGUCCCAGGGACUGGACUGUACUGUCGCUCACCGUGGCACCUGCUCUGAGCUGCUUGUUGCACCUGACCUCGUUUACAGUGACACAAAUGACUCACCCAUACACUCUCGUAACAUGAUCACUCAGCAACUGCCUAACCAUGGUAAGAUUAGUGUUUCUAUGGAUACGAGUUAUAAUGGUGGUCUAGAGAGGGCGGGGAGCAGUGGCAAUUUGUCUUUAGGGGAGGACAGCCCCACAUGGCGGGGUAAAAAGACCCAAAGUUGUGGAGGAUUGAUUGGAAACCUGAGCUCCUCAAGCAGUCUAAAGGACAUAACUGAGGAGGCCAUCAAUCUUGCCAGUGGUAAGCUCAAAGAGUUUUCUUUUGACAAGCUCCGCCUCUCGUCCUCCAGCCACGUUACCUUCCGGAAAGGUCGUAAGGUCCGCCCAGACUCUUUUAGCCGACGCUCCACUGACCUGGAAAUCAUCUAUGGCCACUUCAGUUCCAACAUUACCGCUAACGGAACGACUAAUGGCAUGACAAAUGGCACCGCCACUUCUAAUGAUGAGAACGUGCCACCAUUUAUGAUGGGGAAAGGGACAGGACUGGAGGAGACAAAGCUAAAGGGCAACUCCGGCACCAUGACAGCCAUCACUAAAGCAGGUGCUGGCUCAACAAGCAGCCUGUCAAGUAUUGGGUCAUUAGACCAAAGUCUGAACACAGUGGCCUCCCUGUACCUCAGCACCCUUGGAGAGGAGAACCUGAUUGCCCGGCUGCUGGAGAAAACACGAGCAGAGGCGGGCACUGGGGGAGCAGGCGGUGAGGACAUCCGCGCCUGCCUCGACAUCUUGCUUAAAUGUUCGGAAGACCUAAAGAAAUGCACUGACAUCAUCAAGCAGUGCAUCAAACGUAAAGCUGGUGGAGGGCCAGCGGAGGGAGGGGCCAGUCCUGACAGUGUGUAUCGAGCUGUGAUGGCCAGACUCAGCACCUACCUGAAACGACUGCCUCUGGAUCUGGAAGGGAUUGGGAAUUUGGGUAGCAGUGGGCAGGGGGGUCAGGGUGCACCUGGGAGUGGCCACAGUGAUUUGGCCGAGCUGGUAAAUACCCUUCACUCUAUCCAACAGGGACCUUACUCUCCAAUAUUUGGCAAUGAGCAACCACCUCGCUAUGAGGAUGUGGUGCUGUCACCUCCCAUCCCAAAGACUGUUCCUCAUUCUGGAUCUUCUAAUCUGUCCUCUGUCUCACCUUCCUCCUCAUCUUCCUUAAAAUCAGACUCCAUACAUACCAAACCAAUCCAAAGCUUCCCAUCCAAAACCAGUGCCCUUACCAAUGGACUACAGCAUCCAAAUUCUUCUUCUAUCACACAACACACACUCUCUCCCCCCUCUGUGACCUGCACUUCCAGCUCCAGCUCUUCUCCAACACAUUCUCCCUCCCUUCUUCGUAACUCCCCGACCCCACCAUACGCACAUACUCCUCCAGCUUCCCCCAUGGAGGCUCUUUAUAUUGAAGAGGAGGAAGCAGAUGUGAGUAAGACUCCAGAACAAAUAUCACAACAGACAUUAACUUCAACCAGAGGGAUGAGCAAUAUCCAGAACAAAAAUGGGACUGUGUUAAGUCAGUCCAUGAACCUAUCCCAACCAUACACACUCCACAAUUCUUUAAACAUUUUGCCAGCCAGCACAGGCUACAUCCCCACUGCUUCUUUAACAGUCUCAGCACCCAAAGCUGUCCCCCACAGGAAUGAUGACAUCGACAAGCUCCUGAUGGACUUAGAGAAUCUGUCUCAGAGUAUGAGCCACCCCAGAAAUAUUGAGCCUCCUCUUCCAGCCAAGACCAGGAAGAGAGAGGGCAGCCAGGGGAUGACGUCCAAUGACGCCCUCACUCAGCAGAAAAUGUCCCAGUUCAAAAUCCAGAAGCCAGUUAGCCACUUGACCAUGAACGGCCCUAGCUCAAGGACCUCUCCAAGUCUCACUCCUCCCCAGGUGGAGAACACUGAAUCUCCAGUAGGAGAGGAGGAGGAUGGGGCACUUCUGCUGAGGAUCUUGGAGAGCAUUGAGAGUUUUGCCCAGGAGCUGGUGGAUUCUGGGGCGGGAAGCACAGGGAGUGCUGAGAGAAAAUGUGGAAAGGAGCGGGAGGUGAUGAGGCUUCUGCAGGAUACACUAGCCACCACCGGCAGGGCUGAUACCCCACCUGCUGCUCCGACUGCUCCAUCCGUGCACAUAAAUGCAGUCCCAGCGAUCCCACCAAAACACUCACCGCCAAAUACAAUUGCAGUUUCAAUUACACCAACACCUGCUCAUUCAACAUCUGAAGCUGUGUGCAAUGCUACACCCGAACCUACCCCUAAACCUACACCAGAGGUUGUCCCCAAACCUCUGCCUACACCAACACCUGAGCCUACAACAGAAGCAACAGAUGAAGAAACAGAGGCCUCUACGGAUCACAUCCCUGAUUCUGUAACAUCUGCACCUACCAGCUUGCAUUCCACCGCACACUCCACAACAGUGGCUGCACCUGAAGCUCCAGCACCUGUUGCCGUCCCAGCUGCAGCAGAUAUAAGAGAUGCUGACAUUGCGGUUGCUGACCCUGCUACUGUUAGAGAUACCGGCUCAACACUACUCAUCCAGCAGACUCCAGAGGUGAUCCGAGUCCAGUCCAAACCAGGCACGCCACCGCCAGCCCCCGCCACAGCCCCGGCCACACCGACCCCAACGCCGCGCUCGCCCAGCCCUCCUUCGUCUCCGGUGAUCAUCACCCCUCCUCCCCCCGCCGUCAACAUUCCCAGGUUCUACUACCCCCGUGGGCUCCCUGCCCUGGGCCCGGCUGCCAACCACGACUCGGCCAUCGCUGCCAUUGAGACGGCCUUCACGGAGUUCGAGGAGGAGAAGGCGGACAUAUAUGAGAUGGGAAAGAUCGCAAAGGCUUGUGGGUGUCCUCUCUACUGGAAGUCACCCAUGUUCUACGCUGCAGGAGGCGAGAGGACGGGAUUCGUCUCGGUCCACUCCUUCAUUGCAACCUGGAGGAAGUUGUUGCACAGUUGCCAUGACGAUGCAUCAAGGUUUAUUUACCUGCUGGCCAAACCUGGCUGUAACUACCUGGAGCAGGAGGAUUUCAUUCCUCUGCUGCAGGACAUAGUGGAUACUCACCCUGGACUCACCUUUCUGAAGGAUGCUCCUGAAUUCCAUUCCCGCUACAUCACAACGGUGAUCCAGCGGAUAUUCUACGUGGUGAACCGUUCGUGGACGGGACGUAUCAACAUGAUUGAGCUGCGCCGGAGCAACUUCCUCCAGACCCUGGCCCUGCUGGAGGAGGAGGACGACAUCAACCAGAUCACAGACUACUUCUCCUACGAGCACUUCUACGUCAUCUACUGCAAGUUUUGGGAGCUGGACACAGACCACGACCUCUACAUCGACCCCAAAGACCUGUCGAGAUACAACGACCACGCAUCCUCGAGCAGAAUCAUUGAGAGAUUGUUCUCAGGCGCCGUCACUCGGGGUAAUGCGGUGCAGAGAGAAGGCAGGAUGAGCUACGCCGAGUUUGUCUGGUUCCUCAUAUCUGAAGAAGACAAGAAGAAUCCCACCAGUAUCGAGUACUGGUUCCGGUGCAUGGACGCAGAUGGCGACGGUGUCCUGUCCAUGUUUGAGUUGGAGUAUUUCUACGAGGAGCAGUGUGAGAGGAUGGAAAGAAUGGGCAUCGAACCUCUGCCCUUCCAGGAUUUGCUCUGCCAGAUGCUUGACCUGGUCAAACCUGAGAGCUCAGGUAAGAUAACUCUGAGUGAUCUGAAGCGCUGCAGGAUGGCCUACAUAUUCUUUGACACCUUCUUCAACCUGGAGAAAUACCUGGACCAUGAACAGAGAGACCCGUUUGCUGUGCAAAAGGACAUUGACAGUGAAGGUCCGGAGCCAUGUGACUGGGAUAAAUACGCCUCGGAGGAGUAUGAGAUACUGGUGGCGGAGGAGACUGCAAACGAACAGCUACAUGAGGGGUCUUUUGACGACGACUAUGAAUCUGAGGAGCUUCAGGUCCCCGGAGAGAUUGAGAAUAAAAUGGAAAAACUGGUGAUAUCAGAUUUGACAGCAUAGAAACUUUGUCCCUGGAAUUCCUGGGCCGUACAUCCUGGAAAACAGAUGGGGAGCGAGUGACAGACGUUCCCCUCAGGAUGGAUGGACCGAAAGAUGCAAAUGGAUGUAAAAUGAUUCUGGCAUCUGUCGUACGAUGACUCUGGAGUGUUCCUCAGAACGGACUCGUCAGUUUUGUUGUGUGUGUGACUGUAAACCAGUACUGUUCUAUGUCCGGUGCAAAAAUAAUGCACCUGUAUUCAUGCAGGAAACAAUGUCACUGCCUCCGAGAGAACAAAGCCAGCGAUGGUGGGAGAAAUAAGCUCUAAGCAAACCUUCACUGUAAAAUAAUGUAAUUGUGAAUUCUCCACUGACAAUCCUGCCAGACGACAAUCACUUGCAAUCUCAGUCAAUGCUCUGCUGAGGGCGGACUGACACUGUACCACAAAUAGACGGUUGGAGUUGGCAAACGUGCACACGGAGACACUGCAGAUAAGGAUAGUGAUAUGCAUCACCUUCCAGAACCCCACAGUCACAACAGUCAGCUGCUCAGUUCUACCACACACAGACAGACACUGCCAUCAGAGACCGGCUGCCCGAGCAUCUCGCCCGUCACUGUGUUUUUUCUCGUAGAGGAAGUCGUUAAAACCUCUGUUCUCUUCAGGGAGGACUCACGUAAAACCCGUCCGACAGGUUGCAGCAGCACCUCUCUGUGGCCGGCCCGCGUUACUGCACGUCAUUGCUCGUCGUGCACGGCACGUAAUGACUGGCUCAACCUUGCCAAGAGGGAGCUCAGUUCACUGCACAGCCUGAGCUGCUCUAUUCUUAGAGAGGCAUUAUCGGCGCCCCACCUCUGGACUCGCUUUGAAGUCGUCUCUUAACCCUGGAAAAAAUGUCUCCGACUGCUCGGACCGUCAUGUUCCGGCCGCUGAGCUUCAGCAGGGCAGAGGGAGAGACGAGAGAGUGAGGCGUCUCGACAGACAUAAUCAAACUCUCUGGUAGAGUUGCCCACACAUUUCCACCUGUAACAUUUGUAAUUAUAUAUAUGCACAUAAUAAGAACUGUGAGCCGUUCCUGUCCAUCUCAUGCAUUUGUCCAGCACAUGGUAUGUAUUUUAUCUGGUAACUAUUUCAUUUGUCUCUGUCGUUUAUGCCAAAAAUGCAAUUUUUCUGCCUGGAAGUCGAUGUUAUUUACAUUUUCCCUGUAACACACACACCCCUGAGGAUGCCUCCAAAUGAGAAAAAAAAAGAUAUCAGUCCAGCCUCCAUCUUAUAUAGGAAACAUAGGAAAAACAACAUCAAUGUUUAACGGCAGCCUCUCUGAAGCAGGGCCCCUGUUAUGCUAAAACAAACCACACAACACACUUUGAACAGUUUCCACUAGGAGCUGCUUUCUAUCGAGGAAACUGAGGUUUGUGGACAGUAACGGGACACCGCGUCUGACAGGACGUGAUGCUGUUGAAUUUCUGAAAUGUAAUUUCGUUUUUUCAUGCUUUCCACAUGAAAUCCCACUCGCUCACCAUUGAGGGGGACAGAAAUCCUCAGCGAUAGAUUUAUGUUAAAAUGCAAAUUGAAUCCAUUAAUUUGAUUGAACCGAUCCUUCACCUCUUGUUAUUUACUGUGCAGGUGCAUGUGUGUACACUGCCCUCACUGCAAUAGUUCAGAGCGUGUCUUGGCUUAUACAUCACUGAUUGAGCGUGUUUUAGGGACGUGUGAUCUGUUGCUCUCAGUUUAUAUGUCCUAGUCGUUGCCAUGGUGAUGAUGUUCCUGUGUUUUAUGUGUGUAUGUAAUGUACGCAGACACACUCGUACGCACACCAUGUGAUAGUUGCAACUGAAAGGGAGAAAGAGCUCGUGGAUGACCUUGAGUUUCCCUCCUCUGCUCCACAGCCAUUGUAAAUGUGCCUGACUGUAUUAAACUAUAUUAUUAUUAUAAUAACAGUGAUAAUGAGCCAUUAUACAUACAAUGGCUGUUUUCUUUUCUUUUCUAUGUUGAUGGCUUGUAUUGCUGUGCCACUGUGUGGCUCGUGGGGCGGGGGGGUAAAUUAUGUUAGAUGUGUGUAUGUUUGUGUGUUGGAUCCACAGUGGAUUUCAGUGGGGGGAGGGGGGUCCUCUGAAGCUCCGACCACCUGACAAUCAAAAUAUAUGAGAUAACGUGUCAUAUAGAGAACCUCUGAGACUGAUGCUUCACUGCUGUGGUCACAGACACACUCGUGGAGACGUUUUCAACCAGACGUUGAAGGUGAUGGGACGUCUUCCUGGCUCUAUGCAAAGUGUCCUGAUGCUCACAUGUGCAGCAUCGGGGAGGAGAGAAGCCAUGUGGGACUUUUACUUUGAAACUAUAUCUCUGCUGAGACGUAGAGAAGAGACUUCUAUUUUGUGUACUUCCUCUGUGCAGAGAGAUGUAACGCGAAUCCAGAGGGUUACAGUAUUGGCAUGGUUUUCUUUCUCUUCAUCACUUUGUCUUUCUUUCUUUCUUUCUUUCUCACUUUCUUUCUUUCUUUUAUUUGUCCU